AUGACGCGUCACAACAUCGACUGCCAGACGACACAGCCGCGCAAGAAGAGGCUGUAUGGCAGCGUCGAAAGCCUCGGCAACCGCCUGGCCCUGCUGGAGUCGCUGGUGAAAGGACUGCUGCCCGAUGCCGACGUGUCCAACCUCGAGGAGCUGCGCCAGCUGGGAAACUCGCUGGGCAUCGCCAUCCCGGACUCGCCGGGCGCUGAUGCGGGCGCUGAACAGGUCAACACACCGGGGACCGAGGGCGAAGAGCCGCUGUCGCUGCUUCCAGAUCAGCAGGGGCAGGUGCAGUUCAUCGGCCCGUCCAGCUCCUUCUCCUUCCAUCUGAAGCUGCGCGCGCUGUGUGGCCAGGAUCCCUUUCCCUCGUUCGUGCUGUUUGGCAAAAACGCCGCAGAGCAAGCCAACGCCGAACAAGAUGCCGACCCAGAACAACCGCUCGCCCCUACCGCCUCCUCCGUCUUCGAUCACAGCGACCUCCGACGCACGCCCGCCGACGAGGCUGCGACUUUGGAGGCCUUGAUGUCGGCCUAUUUUGAACACAUCAACCCGGACUUCCCUGUACUCUACGAGGCCUCAUUUCGGGAAGCAUACCAGGGAUGGCUGGCCAAGCCCGCAAAGGCCGAUUUAAGCUGGCAGUGUUGCUUUCUGUGCGUCCUAUUGCUCGCUCGCCGUGUCGCCCACGUUGUCGUGCCAGAGGAGCAGGAGAAGCUCUGGUGGAAGCGCAUUCAGACCUUGUUGCCUGUGGUGAUUUUCACCUCGAGCGUCACUGCCGUCCAGGCCAUCAUGCUAGCUGCCAUCCAUCUGCACAACACGAACCACCGCGACGCAUGCUGGAACCUCACCGGAACCGCGAUUCGCAUAGCAUUCGCAAUUGGCCUUCACCAGGACAAGGCUAGCACAUCUCAGGCCCCGCUUGCGAGAGAGCUGCGGAAGCGAUUGUGGUGGACCUUGUAUGCCUUCGAACAGAUGCAAGUCUCCUCCUACGACCGCCCUAGCGCCAUUGAACACCAUGUAUCCAAGAACAGUUGUCCAAAUGAGCACAUCUUGGGCGCAGCCGCAUACUCUCCACCCGAGUACUCACGGUGGUUUGAUCGCUUGAUUGUGCAUCUGAGUUCGGCGUGUCGCGCGCCCAAACACGCCAAGUCAAGCUCCACCGACGAGUCGUAUGCGGGUCCCCUAUCUCCUGCUGCAGGAGUGCUCAGGGAUCUUGAUCGUUGGAGGACCGAAUUGCCACAGCAUUUGCGUAUGGAAGCUGUCGAGACUACGGCGCCUGCUUUUCGCCGGCCUCUGCUCCUGCUGCAUGCUCUGUACCACUACACCACCACAGUGUUAUGUAGAGCUGCAUUACUUGCGCGAGCAACGAGCCUCUCCAAGGAAGAUAGAGAUUCUACCAACCUCGCCCUCAUAAGCAUGUCAGAUGCGUGCGCCGACUCUGGCCGCGCUCUAGCCAACAUACUACUGGAGCUCGACGCAAUCGGCCGCUUCAACGCCAUCAUCUGGUGGGACGUCUGGUACUCUCUAGCAUCCAGCUCCGUCCUCGUCCUAGACCUAGUCUGCCACCACAAACUCGAAGCCCUCGAAACCUCCAAAUCCCGCCUCUUGCUCCCCCAGCUCGCCCAACUCAUCCGCAAACACCUCCAAAACACAAAUGUCCCCGGCACCAUCGCGAAAUUCGGCUCCCUCGUCCCAGAGCUACACUCCAUGGCGGAAUUUAUGAUCGCCCCAGCAUCCCCCCAGCUAACCAAGGAAGUGCGCUCCAGCGUGUCUGACCCCGUGCCUACGGUUCAAACACAAACACAAGCUCUCCCCUCCCAGCCCCAGCCACAAGUCCCGCCCUUCGCCUACUCGCAUCCUAACACCAACAACGGCGCCUACGUCUUCGCAGACACGAUGAGUGGACGGUACUUCUCUCCCGCCGAUUACACAGGUGCGCCGUACGCGAAUACGAAAUUCGAUCGCAGCACGCAGAUGCAGUUUAUGGAUUUCACGGUGAAUAAUAUACAGGAUUGGAAUUGGGGGAUAUGGGGAAUUUGCUGGGUCCGGAGGGGGCGCAUGAGGGGCAGGUGGGGCAGGGGUAGAGCAGGGGAUGGCGCCUGGACCGCCGGGGAGUGCGCCGUAUAG